AUGAACAUUUCAGAAAAUGAUUUGCAAUACUUAAUAUAGACAGUAAACAAAAGAUCAAUGUUUAAAACUCAAUAUGACAUUGAGUUCAUUCAUUCUAAACUUAAAGAUUUCAAUUUCUUUAGAAAUAUGAAUAGAGAAAUUGGAGAUUUGCGAUAUUAUAAAAUAUUAAAAGAACUACAAUAUGAGUGUCCUAAUCCUUAUGAAUCAUUAGUGAAUAUAGGAGAGUAAUGCUCUAAGUUUUACUUUAUUCUUUCUGGAAGAUUUCUAAUUCUUACAAACAAUUCAAUUGCCAAUAUAUAAUUACCAACUGAAAUGUAAGCUAAAUGAAUAAAUUUAAGUUCAAAAAACUUAGAUAAAUUAUUUCCUAAUUUGAUUCCAUAAGGAUAUUUAUAAACAGGUCAAUAUUUUGGAGAAUAAGUUAUGAUGUUUGAUUAAUAGCAUACUCAAACAAUAUUGCCUUUAGAAAAGUCUCACCUUCUGGUAAUAAAAAGAGAAACAUACAGAAGAAUUAUUGGUAUAAAACAUAUUAUAUUUAUCAUACUUUUAGAUUAAGAAAUGAAAAAAAGAGAAUAAGAAAGAUUUUCUAAUUUAAGUUCAAUUCCACUAUUUUAAAAAUGGAGUGCUAAAACAAUAAAAGUGUUAUCAUGUGAAAUCUAAGAGUUAAACUUUAUUCCUAAUCAAAUAAUUUAUUAUUAAGGAGAUCCAGUUGAUUCAGUAUAUAUUAUUAUUGAUGGUUAAAUUUAAUUAUUUAGAACAACUAAUAAAAAUUCAAUACCAUUUUCAAUCUUAGGAUGCAAAGAAAGUUUUGGAGAUGAUGAAAUUCUUACUUAAUUUAGAAGUCAUUCUGCUAAAAGUCUUACUAGUGUUAAACUUUAUAAAAUUAAAAAAAAACAAUUUUUGGAUCUUAUUCCAUUUGAUUAUUCUAAUAAAGAUUUCCAAAAAAGCUAACAUCUUUAAUUUAAUUUUAAUCAAAAUGAAGAUUAUACUAGAAUUUAUAGAUCUGAAUCAUUAAAAGCUAUCAGAUCCCCAGCUAAAUUAUUAUAAAGAAUAAUAAGAAGAAGCUAAGAUAAGAAUAAAACCUAUUAAUCAAUAUCAUUUUAGCAAGUUCAAGAUCCUAUAAGAAAAAAUAUUCGUUAUUCAAAUACUCCUACUGUUCUACAAAAAUCUAAUAGUAUUCAUGAAUAAAUCAGAAUACAUGCAAAUCCUAAAUUCGAUAAAACUAUUUUUUUAUUAAAUCAAAUCAAGUUAAGAUCAACAAAUAUUUGGAAAAAAACUAAAUGA